GGAACUCUAGAGAAUGGAUGUUUCCAUUCAACCGGAAGGGCGUCUUGCUUUCUAGUGGAAGGCUCAUUCGCAGCGUGAAUUUGCAAGCGAGCAACACAUCUCUGGAGCAAUCAAUUCUUGCCCUGAUCGCCCAAGAGCAGCAGCAAGCUCCUGAUCCAGCAGAGUGCGCGCGAUUGAUCAUCGCCUGCAAGAACGCCAAAGCCCACGAGCAAGGAAAAUCCAUCCAUGGCUUCCUCGCACGGCACGGCCUCCUCCAUCACAAUCGUAUCCUCGCGGAGCUCCUGCUCGAGAUGUACAUCCGCUGUGGCAACCUGGAUGACGCCACCCAGAUCUUCGAUUCCAUGCCGGAGAGAGAUCUCAAGUCCUGGUCCAGGAUGAUCACCGCAAAUGCCCAGAGUGGGAACUACACGCAGGCAUUUGCGCUUUUCCAGAAACUCCACGUCCACGGUGUUCUUCCCAACCAGAUCGCGCUGGUUGCCACUCUCAACUCCUGCCUCGCCGACCACCAGGUGAGAUCCGUUCACGAGUGCGCUCGAGAGAUCCACUGCGAGCACGAGAAGAUCGUCGCGACUGCGCUGCUCAACGCCUAUGGCAAAUGCGGCGACCUGGAGAGCGCUGGAGCGAUCUUCCGCGGGAUGGAGGAGCGAGACUUGAUCUCCUGGACCGCGCUGAUCACCGGAUACGCCCAGUUUGGCCACUCCCGUCAAGCUCUCGACCUCUACCGGGAGAUGCUCAUGGACGGAGUCUCGCCGAGCAGGAUCACUUUCCUCUCGCUCUUGAGCGCUUGCACGAAGCUGGGAAGCUUGCGAGAGGCCAGCCUCGUCCACGAUCACAUCCGGCAGAGUGGCAACCAGCAGGGGCUCUCGAUCCAGAACGGGGUCGUUUGUAUGUAUCACCGCUGUGGCAGUGUCGAGAAUGCCAAGCUGGUGUUCGAUGCGAUGCCUCGGCGAGACGUUAUCUCGUGGACGUCGAUGAUCGCGGCCUAUGCCCAGAGUGGUAGCUGUGACGAUGCGAUCAGGCUGUACAGGAGAAUGGAGCUGGAAGGGGAGAAGCCAAACAAGGUGACGUUCCUUGCGGCUAUGGAAGCUUGUGCGAAGUCUUUGGCUCCGGAAGAAGAAGCCGAGGCUCUCCACAGGUGCGUGAUCGAGAGCGGGCUGGAAACCGACGUUGUGGUGGCCACUGCACUCGUCAACAUGUAUGGAAAGUCUGCCAGAACGCUCGGAAGAGCUCAAGAGAUCUUCGAUGGAGUAGAGAAGCGGGACAACGUCGUGUGGAACGCACUGAUCGCGGCCUACGCGCAGCACGGCUGCCGCGACCGUGCGCUGGAUCUCCUGGAGCAAAUGCAGCGCCAGAGUUUCUUUCCGGACAAGCCGGCCUUUGUGUCCGUCCUGAGCGCGCUCACUGGCUCGUCCUCGCUCGCGCUGGGACGAUCCAUCCACGCCGCCAUCGCCGACAAAGGCUUCGAGUCGGACAGCAUCGUCCGGAACGCGCUGAUGAACAUGUAUGGCAAGUGUGGCUGCGCCGAGGACGCGCUCCGGCUGUUCGAGGCCUCGCCGAGGCUCCAAAACGUGAUCUCCUGGAACACCGUGAUCGCCGUGCACGCGCAGAACGGCGAGCACCAGCGAUCCAUGGUUCUCUUCCAUCGAAUGCAGCUCGCAGGAGUUCCAGCCGAUCGAGCAACCUUGCUCACAGUUCUCUACGCAUGCACGAAUCCAGCAGCUCUUAGAACCGGGAGGAUUGUCCGCGAGCUCGCCACCCAGCGCGGCUACCACCACGAAGUCAAGUUCCAGACCGCGCUCGUUCUCAUGCACGCCAAGUGCGAAACUCUCGACGCCGCGGUGGAGGUGUUCGAGAGCAUGCACCACCGAGACACCCCCUCCUGGAACGCCAUGGUCGCAGCGUAUGGCUACCACGGUAACUGCGACCUCGCGCGGAGAACCUUCGACGACACCCCUGACAAGAACCUCGCGUCCUGGAACUCGAUCAUCGCAGCGUGUUCUCUCAACGGCCGCUGGAAAGAAAGCUUCAAGCUCUUGCAGCAAAUGCAAGUCGAUGGCGCCGUCCCGGACACUGUCACGCUAGUCACAGUUCUCAGCGCCUGCGCUGCCGGAAGCGCCAUCGCCAAAGGACGAGCCGUGCAUAGAUUCGCGGCCGAGAACGGGCUCAUGUCCGACGUUGCGGUGGCGAAUGGCGUCGUGGACUUCUACGGGAAGUGUGGAUGCCUGCUCGAAGCUCGCGCGGUGCUGGACAAGAUGGCCAAGCUCGACGAGGUAACAUGGAACUCGCUGCUUGCCGGAUAUGCCCAGCACGGAUAUGGCGUGGAAACGCUCGAGGCCUUCACCGAGAUGCAGCACCGGGGCUACUCCGCCAACCGAAUCACGUUCAUGAGCGUCUUGCAUGCAUGCAGUCACGUCGGGCUCGUGGCCGAGGGCUGCAAGUAUUUCAGCAGCAUGAUCGGCGACUAUGGCUUCCAGCCGAUUGAGGAGCACUGCGGCUGCAUGAUUGAUCUGCUGGGACGAGCUGGGCACUUGAGUGAAGCCAAGAUGCUGCUUGCGAGAAUGCCGUUUAAGCCCAACCUGAUUGCCUGGAUGUCCCUGCUUGGCUCUUGCAAGGUUCAUGGGAAUCUAGAGCUGGGAAGGGACGCAGCGCUCAAAGUUUUGGAGUUCGACCCCGAGAAUGCUGCCGCUCAUAUGCUGCUGUCCGAAAUCGUCACCUAGAUAGCUCGGUUCCUUGGCUAAACAGCUCAAGUUUUUGAGAUUCCUACAAAUGCCAUCUUGCACAAGAACAAGAAUUCUAUCAUCAGCAAAUGCCCAGAAGGAGGAUUUUUCACAAGAACAGGUUUUUGAGAUCCCACCGCAAAUGCCCAGAAGGAGAACAGUUUGGGAAUCUUACAGAAAAAACCGGUAAAGUUUUUUAGAAAACUUCCACAAUUGCACUUUGUGGCUGCUGGGAUUCGAGCCCAGGUCUCCACGGCCACAACGUGGAAUUCUCACCACUAAACUACAGCCACAUUCAAUCACUAAGACAUAUAUUUAACUUGAUAAUCCUAAUUUAUU